AUGCCGACUUUUAGCGACGCCACGAUCGACGUGGCUGACAUUGACGUCUUCAUGGCUACUUUAGGCUACUCCGCCACCCAGGAACAGAGGGACGGGUACAUCACCUUUUUUAACGACGCGUACAACGGAAAACUUAUUUUGGACGUUUUAAUCCGAAUAUUGGGCUCGAUUGAUGACACGCAAGAACAGAUGAAAAUCCACGUGACCGCCCUGGACAAGAACGGUGACGGAUUUAUUGACGAGUUCGAGUUCAUUACGAUUGUCCAAGUAUUGCUAAUUCACGAUCCAACCUUUCCGAAAGUUGACUUCACUAAAUUUGUUACGGAAGCGGAUACAAAUCAGGAUGGAAAAGUCAGCAUUGACGAGGCUGUAGAGUGGUUUUGUAAAAAUGCUAAAAAUUAA